AAAGGACUUACUAAGGCAGUAGCCAUUUUGAUGCCCUAACCCAGUUAGGUUCCCAACUUGAAGGUUACGUAGUCCAGCUUUUAGUCUUGAAGUCGUGAAGUAUGCAGAUCGUGCCCCCCACCCAGUCGGGGGAAACACCAGCUGCAGAGUCUCCGAGGACAACGGCAUCAAACGAAGCCAAGACUGAGAAAAGACGCCAGUGUAUGAGCAUAGCCAUAGCCGAAGUGAGCAUCUCGGUUAUUGCCUUCGGACUCGGUCUUGCCACGUUCUUUCAUACCUCUAACCUCAGCUGUGGUGGCUUUUGGCCUCAUAUCUUGUUUGUUCUUGGUGGAAUAGCAUUAAUCGUAGGAUGUUACAUGCACAAGAAGGGACGUGCUUGGAUACUGACGGGAAUAGUGUUUCACGUCAUCGGACUAUUUAUGGCAUUUCCCGCUAUUCUUAUUGAUGGCGUAGAGGCCUCGCAUAUUGCAAAAACAACAUUUGCCGAUUGUGCCUACAGUAGUGACAGCGGUACAGCAAAUUGUGGUAGAAGCGCAUUUACAGUUGGACUUGUCUCAACCAACUGUGAGAUGUCAUUUGCGGCCAAGUCUUGUUACUGUUGUAGCAUAUACAAGGAGAACAGUUGCGAGUCUUACGGAUUCAGUCUGUCCACACAACCAACGGAGUACUCGGGCGUGGCUUCAUGCGACUCUAUCAGCGGCACGUUCCAGGGGUUACUUUGGGCGACUAUCACGUUCAGCGUACUAAAUUCCAUCGCGGCAGUCCUAGGCAUCGUCUUCGCCAACUUCUAUCUAAGCUCCAUAUCUUCCGUGUUUCCUGAGCUAGUGAUGACAAGACCCGCAAUGAGCCAGAUGGUGACUGAGGAUGGACAUAUUGUCUUUUUUACGACCCCGUCACAACAUGUUGCCAUGGUGCCAUCUGGAUCAACAUCUCAAACAAUCUCUUACUCCCAUGGGCCAAUGAUAACGUCCCAUGGUUCAGAGCCGGUAGCCCAGUACUCACACGGUCCAGUCACCACAUCUCAUGGACCAAAUCCUGUGGAAGAACCAAAAAUAGAACAAUUCCCAAGCCCCCACCCAACACUUCCAGCGAUUGGCAAGAAACCAAAGCAGCUCCCUAAGUUGGAAACUGCUCCUGCUGUUGCUCCUGAGGCAGUUCAGGUUAAGACAGAAGAGGGUGGAGAGAGUAAAGAUACAAAUGAUGCUCCACCACCUUAUAGUUAUUUGGCUGAAUAGAAUCAUUCAUUCCGGACUAUUGAGUGCACUUUGCAUGUCAUACCUCUACAGUACAUGUAAUUCUCUUGUUUUACUUUUGAAAGAACUUGUACAUAGUUAAAAACCUGUGUCCUUACUGUACGGUACGGUGCUGUAUUGUACUGUACUGUACUGUAUUGUAAUGCACUGUACUGUAUUGAACUCUACUCUACCUAUAUACUCUGCUGUACUGCCUGAGUGUUUUAGCUUGUCACAGGACUG